AAAAAUUAGUUUUUGUUGUUUUUUUAUUGUGUUUCGCGACGUUCUCCGGAAGUAAACUGGCGGAACUAGAGGAUCGUAUCCGCAUGCAGCCUACGGCCACGGCUUCCAUACCGCCUCCAGCGGAUAUGGACUUGCAGGCUAUGCAAUCCAUGGACUGGCUGUUCAAGAAGGAGAGGAUCUACCUUUUGGCGCAGUUUUGGCAACAGAGGGCGACGUUGGCCGAGAAAGAGGUGUCCACGCUGAAGGAGCAGCUGGCCACGUGCGCCACCCCCAAUCCCGAAUCCAAAGAGGGAAACAUGGAUAGGCACGGUUUCGAAUCCGAAAUCGCCGCCAACGAAAAAAGGAUUUCACAUUUAGUGGAUGAAGUGCAGAGGCUUCAGGCGAAUAUAUCGAAGCUGCAGGAGAACCACGGUUCGCAAAUCUUACGGUUGGAGGACGAGUUGGAGCAGAAGAAGCAGCACAUCUCGCGUUUGGAGUGCAAACUGGACCAGCAGCGCGAUUACGACGAUCUCAAGAGGGAAAUCAGUAUAUUGAAAUCAGAGUACCAGAGCAAUCCGGAUAAAUCCAUUGAGAGUUUGCUGGAUCGCAGCACGAAGCUCCAUCAUCCACAUCAACAUCACCAGCAGUUGCUCGAACGACCUAAGAGCGUUUCUUCUGAAGUCGAAGGUGUUGAAGCACCGCUGCUGAAAGACAACACCAACAAUUGUACUUCUUCUUCUACUACUACUACUACUUCUACUUCUUGUUCCUCCCAAGUCCCGCUCCCUUUAAAAACGGUCGAGACCUUCGGGUCGCUCCUCGGGGAGGAGAUCGUCGCCAAUUGGCGUCGCAGUAUCGAGCACUUCAACAACCAAAUAAUCUCGCCAACAGAUGGCCCCCCGGUGAAGGCGCCCACGCCUCUGGCCCCAGCCGACUCGACGGAGAAGAGCGCCGCGUCGACGCCGCAGCCGCAAGAGCCCCAACCGAGUCCGAUCCUGAACGGUAACCCGAAGAGCCCGGAAGACAACAACAACCACCAUGUCAGCAACAACAACAUCCCGCUCGCAGCGACGAUGCUCAACGUGAACAACUUCCUACGCGGCGACGAUCUGAAGAGUCCGUACCGCUUCGACGAGCACCGUUCACCGCCCUUCCGUUUCGCCGAAGAGCUCGGCAUGGCUCCAGGUUCGAUGGUCAGCAGAUUGGGCGAGAGUCUCAUCCCGAAGGGUGAUCCGAUGGAAGCGAAACUGCAGGAGAUGCUCCGCUACAACAUGGACAAGUACGCCAGCCAGAAUCUGGACACGCUGCACAUCUCGCGGCGAGUUCGCGAGCUCCUCUCCAUCCACAACAUCGGUCAGAGGUUGUUCGCCAAGUACAUCCUCGGACUGUCGCAAGGCACCGUCUCCGAGCUUCUGUCCAAGCCGAAGCCGUGGGACAAGCUGACGGAGAAGGGCCGCGACAGCUACAGGAAGAUGCACGCGUGGGCAUGCGACGACCACGCCGUGAUGCUCCUCAAGUCCCUCAUACCAAAGAAAGGCAAGGAAAUCCCGACGUUCGGACGGCCCGAGGCUGAUCUCACCGAAGAGCGCUUGGCGCACAUCCUCAACGAGGCCUCCCAUCUGCAGAUGAAGAACCAGAUGGAGGACAGUCACAGCAACGAGGAUUCGAAAUCCCCGCACGGUCAAUGCCAGUCGCCGUUCUCCAAAGAUUCCUCGCAGAACAGACGCCUGAAGAAGUACGAAAACGACGACAUCUCUCAGGAGAAGGUCAUGAAGAUCUAUCAGGAGGAACUCGCCAAACUGAUGGGUCGAAGGAUGGACGAUAUAAGGAAUCCGAGAGAAACUUUCCCUGGUAUGUUUUUUCCUCAAAUGCUCAGUGGAAACCCGAUGGAUCGCACUCAGGAGGAAAUCCGCAUGGCCCUCGACGCGUACCAUCGCGAAUUGGUUAAGCUGAAUCAAGGACAAGGACCUUUGCCCAAUCUCGGACUCCUCGCUCUUCAGCAGCAAGCUUUAGCGCAAAAUCCGGCUUUGAACGGUGGAGUUCAGGAUCUGUCCAUUCCCAAGGAUAAGAUGAAGAUGUCGAACGGGAUGAUGGACGAUAAAGAUCGCGACAGCGAAGACGGUAAACAUUCCGGAAGCGCGUUCAGUCUGGUCAGGCCGAAGAUCGAGCCAGGCACGACGCCGCAGACGACGAGCUCGACGGCUUCCAGCCCCUUGGGUAACGCCAUCCUGCCGCCAGCCACCUCCGAAGAAUUCCCGACAUCCGCGGUGGCCAGUCCGCUGCAGCGUAUGGCCUCGAUCACGAAUUCCUUAAUCUCUCAACCGCCGACGCAACCUCACCACAACACAAACCAAAGACCGCUGAAAGCAGUUCUGCCGCCAAUCACCCAGCAGCAAUUCGACAUGUACAACAAUCUCAACACCGAGGACAUCGUGAAAAAGGUCAAAGAGCAACUCAGCCAGUACUCGAUCAGCCAACGUCUGUUCGGGGAAUCCGUUCUUGGACUGUCGCAAGGGUCGGUCAGCGAUCUGCUCGCGCGUCCCAAACCCUGGCACAUGCUCACCCAAAAGGGACGCGAGCCCUUCAUCAGAAUGAAGAUGUUCUUGGAGGACGACAACGCCGUGCACAAGCUCGUCGCCAGUCAGUACAAAAUAGCGCCGGAGAAGCUGAUGCGCACCGGCGGUUAUGGCGGAGGAUGCUCCACCAUCAGCAAACCGAUGCCACCGAAGAUGGUCACAGAGGCCGUCGGUCUCUUCAACAAGAUGCAGGAGUCGCAGAACCUUUUACCUCCGUCCCUGCAAUUGGGACCACCACACCAGCAGAUCACCCCUCAACCGCCACCACCGCCGAUGCUGUUGACGCCACCAGGCGUUCCACCGCACCACGCCAUCAACCUCCAAAGCGCCGAUCAUCUGAAGAAACCCUCAAACCACAGCCCGCACGGCAUCCCGCAUUCGCCGCUCUCCCAGCAGCAAGCCUCCCUCCGGAGUCUUCACCAGCACAUCUCUCCGAGCGUCUACGAGAUGGCCGCCCUCACGCAAGACCUAGACACACAAAUCAUUACGACCAAAAUCAAAGAAGCACUGCUCGCCAAUAACAUCGGACAAAAGAUUUUCGGUGAAGCCGUUCUGGGAUUAUCUCAGGGAUCGGUGAGUGAGCUUCUGUCAAAGCCGAAACCUUGGCAUAUGCUUAGCAUAAAGGGACGUGAGCCGUUCAUCAGGAUGCAGCUGUGGCUGAACGACGCACACAACAUCGACAGGUUACAAGCGCUGAAGAACGAGAGGCGCGAAGCCAACAAGAGGAGGAGAUCUUCGGGUCCGGGAGCACACGACAACAGUUCGGACACAUCGUCGAACGAUACGUCUGAAUUCUACCACUCGAACUCCCCCGGUCCCGGACCCCCAUCCGCGAAGAAGCAGAGGGUGCUCUUCAGCGAGGAGCAGAAGGAAGCGCUGCGUCUGGCGUUCACGUUGGAUCCAUACCCGAACGUCGCGACCAUCGAGUUCUUGGCUCAAGAGCUUGGUUUGGCCGGAAGGACCAUCACGAAUUGGUUCCACAACCACAGGAUGCGACUGAAACAGCAAGUGCCGCACAGCGGCAUGGGUUCCUCCGACAUCCCUCCCAGAGACCAGAGCGGAAACCAGGCGCCCUUCGAUCCCGUUCAGUUCCGACUGCUGUUAAACCAAAGACUACUAGAGUUAUCUAAAGAGCGGAUGGGAUUGGGUGGCGUUCCUCUGCCGUAUCCACCGUACCUGGCGACGAACACCAACCUCGCAGCGCUCAUCAGCCGAGGGCUUUUACCCAGCGGAGAGAUGGAUCUUUCAGCGCUGAACAACGCCGUCAAAGAGCAGAUGAGCGGGUUGGAUCUGUCGAUGGGUACGCUGAAGAGGGAACCGGGCGAUUUCGACGAUGACGAGGAGAUCGAGAGCAACGCGGGUUCCGAGGAUUCGAACAUGUCCGGCAGUUUGCACGGUGGUGAAGUGAAGGUGGAGCACAAGGAGACGCCCGUUCAGGGGAGGUCGCGGAGGAAACCCGCGGCGCCCCAAUGGGUGAACCCGGAGUGGCAGGACGAGAAGGAGAAGCCACCGAGCGGGGACGAGGUCAUCAUCAACGGAGUGUGCGUGAUGCAAACGGAGGACUACAGGAGGAGCAACGAGGAGACGGUGCGAGUGGAACCGACGCCAGUUAUGGACAGGUUCGAGGAUGACCAAAGUGACACGUCUUCGGUGAGCCAGGAGCAUCACGAGCAGACGGAGCAGGACAAGCAGGACGCGGACUGUAGUGAUGAGCAGAUUGUCAAAACGGAGAAACCGGAAAACGACGAGGAACGAUGGGACUAUUGAACUACAAAAAGAGUUUUAUUAGCAGAGCCAACGAACUAAGUGCGUUUAUGUAAAUUAAUUUUGUUUGUGUGGACGAUCGUCACGGACUUCUUCAGUGAAGCAAGCCAUGAUCGCGAAUCAGCAGGAAGUGCAAUCAUCGAAGAUUAAAAGAAAAA